GUGCACAGUGCAUGGCACUGUGGAGGAGCCCAUUCACGCCCUCGCGCGUUCCAAGGCCGCUGCUGCCCCACUCGCCACCGCCCAUGCUGCCACCAACCCUCGGUCUCACAGGGACCGCGACUCACUUACCCUCGCUGAUAUCACCGCGCUCUUUCCCCAGGCCUGUUCUGCUGGAGAAGGUAGGGGGGCGGAGGAACGGGUGGUGGCGGUGGGAGGUGAAGCAGAGGGGAGUGCGGACAGGGAGGGCCGGAAUACCCACUGCGUGGCGUCUGCUGGUCCUUUCAUCUUUGUCUGGGUAUAG